AUGCGGACAUCUCGACUAGAGUUGGUCCGCUUGACAGAAGACCAUUUGCUUGGUUACUUCUCAAUGUGGAAGGACCCAGAGGCUACGAAAUGGAGCAGCCAUGGCCCCUGCAAUACCUUAGAGGCUGCUAAAGAAUGGAUGGCUGAGCUCUUGCCUGAACUCAAUCCGACCGGCGAGAACUACGCUGUGUUACUCCGUCAAGAUUUGGAUUCCGAUGUCAUGGAGUCUCUGAAGCAGAAGAGAGAGCACUCGCGGCUCUCUAGCGGCUACAUAACUCCUGGAGUGUUCCUGGGGUGGAUUGGGACCUGGAAAUCCGACCCAGUGCCUGAACUUGGGUUCGUCUUUCAUCGCGAUACAUGGGGUCUGGGAUUUGCCACCGAAGCCUUAACGGCAUUUCAAGAAGUGUUCUGGCAGGCCCGGCCUCAGUUCGAUGUUCUCGAGGCCUGGUGCGACACGGAAAAUAAAGCUUCGGCCAGUGUUCUCAGAAAGUGUGGAUUUGAUUCUGUCGAGGUUGCCUACGGGGACUACCAGCUUCCGUGGAUGACUCCUCCUUUACGGAAUAGCGAGCGGUUUCGACUAUUGAGACCUACUGCUUGA